GAAGAAGAAGAGAAAAACAAUUAACAAACGUAAUUCAUCACUCCCCGUCUCCCAUAUAUCAUAUGCUACUACUGUGCUGUUUGGGUUGAUAGAAGAUACUAGGGAAAAUCAUUCAGCCAGCCAGCCGUGUUAAGGAAAAUUCGGAGGAGCCGCCGUGAUUGGCUGCCGGUGAAGCAUUGAUAGCUGUUGAAGAACAAAUUCCUUCAUUUUCAUGUUCCCAAAGAAUCCCAGAAGCCCAGAUCUGUCUGGGUUUUCAUCGUUCUCAAAAAUUUUCCAUUCAAUUUCGACUCGUACGUCCUUCAGCUGAAGGCUCUAAUUUGCCAAUUGAUUUAGAUUUAGCGUUAUUGAAUUCGAUCACAGCGUUUCCUUUCCUGUUUAAUGCUCUUCCCAUGUACCGCUGCUAGCCCUAGGGAAUAUACGCAAGGGUUUUUUUGGUGAAUAAAGAAUCCUGGAAUUGGGUAUCGGAAAUGGGUGAUUCAUUUCCUAUUUACCUCGACAUACUCGCCUUCUUCUGUACUGCCGGAGCCAUUUGGUUGGCCGUUCUUCACAUCUACAGGCAUCUUUUGAAUUACACCGAACCUGUUUUUCAGAGAUACAUCGUCCGCAUCAUUUUCAUGGUCCCGGUUUAUGCGUUAAUGUCUUUCUUGUCCCUUAUUGUACCACAGAGUGCAAUCUAUUUCAAUUCCUUCCGGGAAGGCUAUGAAGCUUGGGUCAUUUAUAAUUUUCUUUCUCUCUGCUUGGCAUGGGUUGGAGGUCCAGGAGCAGUUGUGCUCAGUUUGACUGGUCAAGUUUUAAAGCCAUCUUGCUGUCUGAUGACAUGCUGCUUGCCUCCCAUUCGCCUAGAUGGGCGAUUUAUACGGAGAUGCAAGCAAGGCUGCCUGCAAUUUGUCAUCCUGAAACCAAUUUUAGCUGCUGUUACCCUCAUAUUAUACGCCAAAGGAAAAUAUGAAGAUGGGAAUUUCAGUCCAAACCAAGCAUAUCUAUAUCUUACUAUCAUCUAUACAAUCUCUUACACACUGGCUCUAUAUGCUUUGGUGUUGUUUUACAUGGCAUGCAAAGAUCUUCUUAAGCCAUUCAAUCCAGUUCCGAAAUUCAUCAUCAUAAAAUCUGUUGUCUUCUUAACCUACUGGCAGGGUGUUCUGGUUUUCCUAGCUGCAAAAUCUGGAUUUAUAAAGGAUGCUGAACAAGCAGCUCAGUUUCAAAACUUCUUUAUAUGUUUUGAGAUGCUUUUAGCUGCUGUAGGUCAUCUUUAUGCAUUUCCAUAUAAAGAGUUUGCUGGUGCAAAUAUUGGUGCAUCUCGUGGUUUUACAAGAAGCCUGGGACACGCCUUAAUGUUGAAUGACUUCUAUCAUGAUACUGUUCACCAGUUUGCACCAACGUAUCAUGAUUAUGUGCUGUACAACCAUAAUGACAGCGAUGAAGGAACAAGGAAAUACCGAUCAAGGACUUUUGUGCCAACAGGACCUGAGAUGGAUGCUGUUAGAAGAAACAAACUAGAUGAUAUUCAGCUAUCCAGUCUCCCAGUGCAUGGUACAGGCACUCCCCAAAACCCCAACUCUGUACCUGCUUCUGGAAGUGCUGAUGUUACAAAAUCAUCACUGCUUAUGGACCACUCAAAUUCUUAUUCAAUGCCAUAUGAUAUGUCACUUAUGGACAUGGAUCUAACCAGUUACCCUUCGCAUGUUCCUGCAGCAAAAGAUACCAAUCAGGUGACAAGUGUGUAGUAGCAUCCUUAUGCUAGAAGUAGAAGAAGGCUGAAUCCUUGGGGACUUGGGGGGGGGGGGGGCAGUGGAGAGCAUCUGACAUAACAAUGACCACGGACAGCCUUAUCAAGGUGUGUGUCGUUGUCCCCGGCUCCGGAUAUUUUCUCUAUUUCCACUCUAUUGAUUUAGGUCCCUGUAAAUGUUAUAGUCACCCUUCUUAGAUGUCAUACUGGAACUAGGUGGCCUAGUGGAAGGUCUGCCGGCUGACCGAUAUUUGAUUUUGUUGGUGUGUGGUCUGUAGAUGGAGUGGCACUUAAGGUCAUAUUUGAAGGA